AUGCCCUCAGACAUGUCUGCGGAGGAGAUCUCGGGCACGAUAUCCGUCAUCGGCAGCGUUUUGACUACCGCUAUGAGGGGUCAGGCAUUGGCGCUGGACCCGAGUUUUUCCUUGCAAGCCAGUGGUCUAAUCACCACGGUUGCCCAAACAGCUGCGUCGACUGGGGACGGUAUCUCCGUCGACGAUGCGGCAUCGUUGGUGGGCUCCGUGGCUAACCUUCUCCCGAACAAAACUUCGGAUCUCACUGCGGAGUCCUCGGACGCGGAAACGGAUGCGGCAAUUAUGGAGGCUCUUGAAGGCGCCGUCAACGCCAUCGGCGACGCCGUGACCGCAAGCAUGCAGGUGGGUGACGAGCCUGUCACGGUCAGCGUGGGUGGCAUAUCACUGACGGCUGCGAAAGCAACGGUCGAAAACAUGGCAGACGGGCUUACCGUAGGCGGAUUCGAUUUCCCGAGCGGCUUCGACUUAUCCGAAGAGGCCCGCAGGCUUUCUGCGAGUUGCAGCUCGAGCGAGUUUUCCCUCCAGCACACUGCGUGGCCCAGUAAUAAUCCAUUUUCUUGGGCCGGUGAUUACGUCUACGGCAACCUGUCCACGGCAGACGAGGAUGCGGUGUCGACCACUGCCAGCCAGGAGGAGGCGGAGGGCGAGUACGACCGCGCGUGGGCGGUCGACCAGGCGGGUGUGCAAUCGAUGAACAUUCGCGCGUGUGGCGCGACGCAGAAGGUCGAGGGCCUGCAGAAGCCCAUACGGUUCUUCCUCCACGCGCCGCUCGAGUUCAACGCCACGGGGGCGCGGCGCGCGGUGCGGAGGUGGGGCCCGCGGAUUUCGAUAAAACCACUUGGUCCACCAUGGGUGUCCAGGUGGUGA